AUGGCCGGUGAGGGGAAACUGGUGGAAGACGAGAACUCGCCACCCGGGCUGGGGGGGUGUAUGGGUGGGUGUGUGGGCGGGUGUGUGGGUGGGUGUAGCGGCGGCGACAGCAGCGACUUAGACCUGGGUGACGACCUGUCUGACGACACCCGCGAUUCCACCACCGACGACGACACUCCCGGAGGAGGCACCGCUUACACCUCCAAUCCUCACCACUCCCGCUACCUCUCCUGGCGACGCUCACACGGUUCAGGGUGUGAUGGCGGGGAGAGUGAAGGGGGCGUGGUGGUGAGCGAAGCAGGGUCAGGGGAGGAACGAAGUGUUGGUGGGCCUCAGCGCACCAUCAGGAAGGUUUUCACAAACACCCGUGAGCGAUGGCGACAACAGAACGUGAGUGGCGCUUUUGCAGAGCUGCGCCGCCUCGUCCCAACUCACCCCCCAGACAAGAAACUCUCCAAAAAUGAAAUCUUGAGGCUGACGAUCAAAUACAUUAAGCUACUUAACUCAGUAUUGGAGUGGCAGCAGAGACAAGACGACUCACUCUACCAGCAACACGACCACAACUGUAACAACAACAAUAAUAAUAACAGUAAUAACAAUAGUAACAACCCAAGGAACGGCACCACCAGACCCGUCAACAGCCAGAGACGUUCUCCACUCUCCCCCCAUGACACUUGCAUCACCUUAGACACAUCUCUCCGGUAUCGUUAUCUUACACUUCCUUCCUCUCCCUCCUCACCCAACUCUCCUCAUCCAGCAUCAUCCAACUCCUCUACGUCAUCUUCACCUUCUCCUCUGUCUUAUUCUUCUCCUUCAGGUCUUCGUCGCUCGCCACUUCCCGUCAUACAUUCACAGCCAUCAAUACCCUCCACCACCGCCUCUUCUUCAUCGCCGUCGUCUCCCACACUAGUGUCAGUGUCUUCGUCAGCAGCACAGUCGCCGCCCCGAGAUGAAGGAGAAUCGCCUACACCAAGGUUCCAUCCCUAUGUGCUAGCGGUGCGGGUACGACCUGGCCUCACCCUCCUCCACCCACACACCUAAAUUCAACCUUACUUCCUAAUCCAUAUACCUUUGUAUACCGAAGUUUUUUCAUCAGCAAUACAACUAACCUAAAUAUAUUUUAUUUGUUGUUCAUAUCUAAAUUAUCCCAGCCUUGAUAACCCCCACCCCCAAAAAAAAUAAUGCGUGCACAUCACAUUACGACACAAUAUAGAAGAUGAAGGAAGUCAUAUGUAUAGUUGCACAGUAACCUUUGUCGCAUUUUUUUAAACUUUACUGUAUAUAGUUAAAUAUAUUUACUCUUGUAGAAAUUGAAGAACAAUAUAAGAAUGUGUUUAUUUCACGUCUGUAGUUAAUAGAAAUUAUUUAAAUUAUGUUGCAGUUUCUUGCAUUAAUAGAAGUGCGGAACUGUAGCCUAUAGUAAAAUGUGCCCCGCCUUGUAUAUAUAUUUCCAACUGUGAAAAAAACUGACAUGAAACUGAGAACUCUAGCCCGGCCUUGGUCAUAAUUAUGUGGCUGUUAAUAGACAGUAAUUUCCGACAUCCAUCAUCACUGUUAUUUCAAUUUACAUUUUCAAAUUAUAAAACGCACACACACACACACACA